AUGACCGCAGAGAAGGGGUUUGGACGCAAGGACAAUCGCGAAACUGCUCAAAAGACUUCUGGCAAGCGAGUACGUGGACAGUACACUAAGUCGCGGUACGACGGUCGACAAGAUCAAGCCACCCUGGGUACAGCACAAGAGGAAGAGAAGGGCUCCGACUGGGGCCUGAGUUCGAUAUGGGGCGGUGGAAAGAAGAAGAAGAAGAGCAGUAAAUCCGUUAAACUGGAUUCGCCGCGACGGGGAACAACAUUCAAUCCGUCAGUAAAAAGGCCUCGGGAGUACUCAGAUAGUGUACCUAAAUCGCCAGGGGCCACAAUUCUCCAGAGAGGGCGUCUGAAGCGCGACUAUGCGGCAUUUGACACAAACGAAGGGCCACAACAAGGCGGAGGAGUACAAUCUGACAUGCGCUACAACCAUCGACCAGAGUCUAAUCAACCUGGUGAGAUGUUUAUGUCUCCAGAGAUGCAAAAUUCUCUUCUUCCCAGUGUAUCAACGGAAGAGAAGCAGGCUCAACAAGCUCAUCAACAAACCCAAAACCAAGGUCAGACACGGCGUAGUCCGGCACUAGUGCAUCUAGCGAGGCCACACUCGCAAGCAUACGAUGCCCAAGAUCAAGCCAGUCAACGGGCCAUAAAUAUUGCGAGCGGUGCAGGACAAGAGAGCACAGGCUCACACAUAACGAGCUCAGACACAGCUCCCAUCUUUAAGUUCGAUCCGAUUCUAGCACCCCCAGAAAUGCCGCCUCGAUUGUAUCCUCAGAACAUGUACAUCCCGGGAGGCGAGCCGAUGAUGCGGCCCCCAAGCUCACGCGCCUAUCCGCCUACGCCUGAAGAAGCUAUGCGCAAAUUCAAACGUCAGCAAACGACACCUGCCUUUGUAUCCCCAGAAAGCGCCCGGAUACAGCCUAUCGACGAGCUUCAUGAUCGGUCUCCAGGAAUCAUGGAUGAGCGGACGGCUUGCUCAGGCUACAGAUCUUUUCGCGGAGGACUGAAGUACACGAUCUCAGAAGACCGCACAACAGACGCUUUCAAGCGCCGCAAGGUGCAUUUCAUAGCUUUGGGGCAUUCUAAUAGCCGAGCCGCUGAAGUUGAGGAGGUCGACAAGUCUGACGCUGCGAGGGCGUCAGUCCUAGCUGAUUCAAAUCCAAGCGACGACACGGGCACCAUGUACACGGACAACCUCGAAGAUCUCUUCAACAUGGACGAAUAUGAGAACCCCGAGCAGUCGACAUUCGACGACGCCUUUUUCAACUUUGAAUAG